CUUGUUACGCCAUUUUGCUAUAUGGCGAAGGUGGACCUUAAGUCCGCUUACAGGUCGGUCCCCAUAAGCAAACACAGCCAAAAGGUUACUGGUCUUAAAUGGGAAUUCAAAGAUGGCCCAAGAUAUUUAGUAGAUACAAAAUUACCUUUCGGUUCCAAAUCGGCUCCUGGCAUUUUUCACCGGCUCUCCCAGUCUGUCCGACGCAUGAUGCGAAGGAAAGGUUUCAAGAUUGUUGCUUAUCUUGAUGACUUCUUCUUAUGUGAAACUACUAAAAGCAAAUGUUUAACAGCAUUAAACACUUUACUGGGCCUGCUCAGGAAGCUAGGUUUCAUGAUCAGCUGGGCUAAGGUAAUCGGUCCCACUCAAAAGCUUACCUUCUUAGGUAUAGAAAUUGACUCAGCCACAAUGUCAACCAGGCUUCCUGAUGCAAAACUGCUGGCUUUGAGAGAGGAAUUGGCUUCCUUCUCAUCUAAACUUAGGGCAUCUAAAAAACAACUGCAAUCCCUUGCUGGGAAAUUGAAUUGGGCAGCAUCUGUAAUUUAUGGUGGGAGAUGUUUCCUGCGCAGAAUUCUCAAUGCUAUCUGCACGCUCAAGCACAAAGCUCACAAAAUCCGCCUUGUUGGUGAGAUUCGGCAGGACAUAGAUUGGUGGCUACAGUUUAUGUCCACUUUCAAUGGCAAGUCAUUUUUGUUGGACAAGCGUCCCAUAACUGACAUCCACACAGAUGCCUGUGUAGACGGGGGAGGGGGCUGUCUGGGAAACGACUGGUUUUAUGCAAACUGGCAACAGGAUUUCCCAGAUAUAAUGCCCCUGCACAUUAAUGAAAAGGAGGUGUUUGCAGUUACUUUGGCAGUAACUAGAUGGGCACCUCUACUGCGUAAUCGGCGCAUUUUGAUUCACUCAGAUAACAUGGUCACAGUUAAUUGCAUUAAUAAAGGCACAUCACGUAAUGAAACUAUCAUGCACUCCCUACGUACUUUCUUUUGGCUCUCUGCAUAUUACAAUUUCCAUAUCACAGCCUGCCACAUUCCUGGUAAGCAUAAUGUGACUGCUGAUGUAGCCUAUCUUUCACAUCGCCUCUGCUUUGUAUCAAUACGCAAUUAUCUGUCAGUUGUCCGAUUACUUCAUAUUGAGGCAGGUUAUAGUAACCCUCUACAAUCCCACUAUAUCAAUUCAGUGUUAAAAGGGGCUAGACGUGUCCUGGGAGAUCAGUCAUCUCCCAAACUGCCCAUCACCCCAGCCAUACUGUUAAGUAUUCUAAAACAGUUAGACUUAAGUUGUCCAGCAGAUAUUACCUUUUGGGCAGCAUGCACAGUUGCAUUUUUCUCCUUCUUCAGGAAAUCAAAUCUUUUCCCCCCCACCAAAAUCAGUGUUUACUCCAGGUAUUCACCUAUGCAGGGACUCUGUGGUCUUUACACCUGAUGGGGCUGUACUAUCUGUCAAUUGGACUAAAACUAUCCAAUUUCGUCAGCGUACAUUGGCUAUCC